CUCAACACAAAUCUGUACUAUCGCUUCAAUCCAGCAAUCAACGAUUUCGUUGAUAAAAAAGAUCCAGCCGGACAAUUUGCUUUUUUGAUUGAUGUUCUUGAAAACGCACAGGCAACCAACAAAACUGUUAAUGUCAUAGCGCAUAUUGCUCCUGGAGGCAAACAUAUAGGGAAUAUGACUUUAGUAUUCGAACGAACGCCUGGCUUUACGUGGAUGGUACCGGAAUACAAUCAGCGUUUUAUUGAUAUCACCGUAAAAUAUGCCCGCACAAUCGGCUGGAUGAUUUUUGGACAUCAUCAUACUGACACUUUUCACAUUAUUAAGGCAAAAUCACUAAAUGCAACAUCAAUGAAUUCCAUCCUGGAAAAGUUAAAAAACAAUGACUCGGAGACUUGGCAAAAAUAUAUGGAAUAUAAUACGGUCGGAUGGGGUAUUGGUCUACCACAGGGCAUUUUCAGAGCGGCGCAAUUAUGCUCCAUUGAAUAUCCGGAUCUGGUCGCCUACAACGCCUGCAUGCCAGCUGGUCCAUGGCCAGGUAUUGCGUUUCAGAUCUAA